UAGUAGUUGGUUUUUACUAUAUUAGUUAUGGUAUGGAGUACAUAAACAUGAAUAUCUGAAUCAGACUUCGUUCAUUUUUUUUCACCAACGUUCAGUUGGAAAACCCGACACCAGGUUUCAUUGUGGUCUGUGGUAUUACCAGUUUGUCGAGAAUAAUAUUUAAAAUCUCAUCAACUAUCGGAUGACCUCACGAGAUUAAGUUCAAAUAAGCCACAAAAUAGUCUCGUAUAAAUAUGUAUAGAUAUUUAGAUGCAUAUAUACAUGCAUUCCUUAUGUAACAGACCCGAUUUUUAUAUGAUGAAAGUUAAUUGUAUUAAUUAUUUGUUGGGAUACAGUAUUUUUGUGAUUAUUGGAAGAAUCAACUCAGCAGAAGGACAAAUAUCAAGAAUCAAUCAACUUUCACUAAAUAUCACUAGAGUAAAGAGACAAACAACCGUUUGUGAUGGGUUUAAGUGCAAUUCAGGAGAAUGCAUACCCAAAAAUCAAGUCUGUAAUGGAAUGAGAAAUUGUAAAGAUGCUGAUGAUGAAGGUGGAUGUGAAGGUACCUCUGUAUUUAAGUGUGGAUCUGGUGAAUUCAUAAACGAGCAAAGUAACUGUGAUGGGACAGUAGACUGCAGAGACGGCAGCGAUGAAACUGAUUCUUGCAAAGAUAAUGUUAUUUGCCCAGGUUAUGUAUUUACCUGCGCGUAUGGUGCUUGCAUAGAUAAAUACAAAGUAUGUAAUAGAAAUCAGGAUUGCAGGGAUAAUUCCGAUGAAGCAAACUGCACUAAGGUUAUAAGUAACAGUUUCAAAUGCAAGUCUGGUGAAAUAAUUGAUGAGGAUCUGCAUUGCAACGGACAUGAAGACUGUAGCGACGGUAGUGAUGAAACAAAUGCUUGUAAAAAGGAUAAAUUAUGCCCUGGGUACGUCUUUACAUGUUCUUAUGGUGCGUGUAUAGACAGUUUUAAAAGAUGCGAUGGAAAUAGGGACUGUAAGGAUGGCUCCGAUGAGAUUGGUUGCGAUGAAAUACACACUACAUCUACAAGGCUACCGCCAUCAUCUGUAUCUACAAUUACAACUACGAAAUCUACUUUGUCAUCUAUAGGGAAAAAUUGUCUUCUACCCGAGAAUCCAGAGCAUGGUAAAUGGAUAUCAAUAGCACUCCAGAAAGAGCUUCCUUCAUUAACAUGGGUUGAUACAAGUUCCUUGUUCAGAGUGAAGUGUGAUGCAGGUUACCAACCCAGUAACCCGUUCCUUAUUUGUGAUAUAUCUGGAUGGGUGCCAGUUACGCCGCCCAAAUGUGAAAAACUUUGUCCUCCAAUCAAAAGUAAUUACGCCAUGCACCUGGAGUGCAAAAACAAAAAUGGUACCCGUAUAUCGUGCAGUCAAGCAACCAGUGGUUCAACCUUAGAAUACUCUUGCGAGGCUUUUUACCACUCUGCAGACAAAUAUGACAAGCGAAGAGUGUGCAUCGACGGCAAAUGGAAUUGGCCCCUUCCAGAAUGUAUACCAGAUUGUGGGAGAGAAAGGGUACCUGGAGCCCCGUUGAUCGUGCAUGGAAAUGAUACACAAAAAGGAAGUUACCCAUGGGCUACAAUCAUAUUCAUAAAGGAAGGGAAUACGAUGAAGUUCAUAUGUGGCGGAUCGAUGAUCAGUACCAGAUUUAUAUUAACAGCGGCACACUGUGUUACAACUGAGGAUGGCAACUUAUUUGAUAGUAAUUUGUUCGAGGUAGCAGUAGGAAAAUACUUUAGUAACUAUAGUAUAACCGAAACAUCAGCACAGCUUUUAAAGAUACAAAAAUGUAUCGUGCACAAAGAAUACAGAGGAGAUAAAAGAGGAUACCAGGCUGACAUUGCGCUAAUGAAAACUACAAAGAACAUAUUACUAACGUUAUUCGUACAACCUGUUUGUAUUACUAAUUUGUGUGAAGUCUCUGUCCAUGGAGAAGGACUGGUAACUGGCUGGGGUGCCACACAACCUCGAGGUAGGCCAGCUGAUUCUUUGAAAGUUGCCACAUAUCCUAUUAAAGAUCGUUCCGAAUGUCUCAAUGAGCUACCAAAGAAUUUCACUGAUUACUACUUAACUGCUGACAAGAUCUGCGCUGGAUACUACGAGAAAGACAUUUCCGUGUGCAAAGGAGACAGUGGAGGCGGACUGGUCUUUUCUAAUACCAAUGACAGUGAUCGGUACUACAUCACGGGCAUUGUAAGCUUGGGUCAUCGUUUGAAGUUUGGCUGCAACACCAAUCAAGCUGCUCUAUUCACGAAUGUCAAGUACUACUACGACUGGAUCUCAUGCAUAUUAAUCUAUCAAAUGGACUCGGAUUUGUACGAUGCUCGAUGUGAUUAUAGUUAUCCAUGUGUGCCAUUUCUGUAACAGCUAUGAGUAGUAAAUAAGUUUUUUAUUAAAAUCUAAAUUUGUUAUCUCCUCAUGAUUAACGAUAUACAGUAUGGAUUCCGGGACCGCAGAUCAAGUGCGGACCGCUUAGCUAAAUCACAUAUUUGUGAAUUGUGGAACGAUUGCAAGAAAGAUACAGAGAAAAUAUAAUCCAAUGCCAAUGGCCACUAGUGAAAGCGGGAGAUCGAGCCAUCUGGAGAGGCUUAUUUCAUUGUGCUUGGUAUCAUCAGCUGUAAACAAAUCUUGUAACUACAAUGGUAGAACAGAAUAUAAUCAAGAUAACUAUAACGUUAAAGUGUUAGUUACAUUAAUCAGAUAUAUGUUUUAGAUUUGUGAAACUAUUUGUGGUAAGUAGCUUCAAGUAUGUAUAAUUUAGAAAGGUGUUUCUCAAUAAUUGAACUCGUACUGCCAGUUCUGUCUUGCCAAAAAGACCAGGGUAAUAAACAAAGUUGCAGAGACAGCAAACAAAUGGUUGUUCCAGAUAAGGUAUACAGGGUGUUUCAUUGGGAGAGCGAGAUAUUUUAACCGUGGAUAGAGGCUAGUGUGAUUAUAAAUAAUCUACAGUUGAUGAGUCAUUAGCUUCUUAUAACCUAGAUACAAAUUUUAUAUGUUUCGACCACUUUUUACGCACAAUCAUCUUAUGCUGUCGAAACGAUUACGAUACCAACAGGAAAAGAAAUACAUGAUAAAAACCCGUAUUAAGGACUAAAAGUUGGCGGUUGUUCAUUCACAUAAUGAGGAAAUUGGCAGCAAUAAAGUCUCUCAAAUGUACAUACACAAGAUUAUACAGCCAGAAUCAUAUAACCAGUCUAGAUGGCAACAUUGGCGCGGUGGUACACGUCCAAAUGGUGUGUGAUUUAACGACGCGGGAGACGGCUAGUUGAUCUGGGAUAUAAGGAAUUUGUAAACUUUGAAGGACUCCAGAACUGUAUUUGUUUUCGCGUUAGUAUCACAAUCGUUUCGAUAGGAUAGCUGGGUACGCAUACCCAGUUUGUAAAAGAUAUACAGGUUGGUUCAACAGUUGUGAGGCCACUAAGAAAUGACCAACAUCGACAAAACACUAUUUUAUUUUACUUGAAAACUGGUAUAAACUAGCCUAAGCCUAUAGAAUCGAUUGAGAUCCUGACAGAAAAGAACAUUCCAAAAACAUCCCACUGAGUCGUGCUUCAUUAAAUCACACAGUAUUUGGAUGUGUUAAUUUGAGAGACCUCCUCAAUGAAAAUUUCGGCAAUAGGUGAAUAUGCAACUGCCAACAUUUAGUUCUGGAAAUAAGUUUUUAUCGACCUAGACUAGAUGAAGUAACUGAUCGACAAGAUGACAUUCUUCUAAACCUAACACUAAUGUGACGCAUAUGAACUUAACUUAUAAAAUUAAUUGACCGUAAAGUAUUCAGCUUUGAACUCCAAAAUGAACAAAAUCAAAAUAUCCACCUGUUACAAAAUUGCCUGUUCAAAUAAAGUGGUGUCGUUUUUGGGUAAAACGGUUUUGGCAAAUUUUAGUUAGUGCGGUUCUGUUUUUCUUUUUCUGUUACUAUCGUAGUCGUUUAGCUUAAAAUUAGUAAAUACAGCAAGCAGUGAAAAAGAAAUGACCAAAAUCUAUCUUUCUCAGUUAUAAAAGGCUAAUAACCCAUCAACGAUAGUGUAGCGCCCUGAUAUACUAGAAUCUUGAGUUACCGAUGAGACGCCCUUGCAACAUCGACACUUGCGUAACCAGAAUUACGCGGUCGUAUAUGCAGCACCUAUUGACUAGUUUUAAGCGCUAUUUUGAAGAUUCUUGAAUAUACAAGGCGAUUGCCUGAUUUAUUUUUUCAUAAAAAGAUGUAUCUAUUCCACGUAUGACACAAAAUAAUAAAAAAAACAUAUGGAUCUUUAGUUGCUGAAAACCCAAAAACCUCACCGAAUUUUCUGCAGAUUUUGUAUAAAUUUUACUAUGUACCUCUUGUACUUUAAAGUGUCCCGAACCAGGUGUCUGAAAUAUCUAAUUUACCAGGUUAUAUGAAAACAUGCACAUUUUGACAAAAAGGAUAUAAAACUAUUUUCCUAUAAAAUAUAUUUAUUGGCAAGCUAUAACAUGGUAUAAAAUGGAUAAUAUGAAAAUCUUAAUAUACAGGAUUUGUCAGUGAAAACUAAACAAGACCAAUUCCUCUUAAAUGGCAUUUGAAAAACAAAAUAUUUCGAGGGAGAAAUUUUUUGCGCGUUUUAUCAAUCUUCUCAUUUUCACCCCCUCGGCGGUGUGAAAUCUAACCUUUAAAUCUUAAAUAGGAUCAGGGAUCAUGCGAUACCUCGUUUUGAAGCUACUUAUUAGCACUUAAUAAGCCUAGAACAUAAAGUCACUAUGCUUCAAAACUAUGGGCUGGCAGGCUGUCAAAGUUUAGCAUUUCUGUACAUUGUGUUGCUUAUAACUAAACAACUAAUGCUCAAAACGUCAUAGUAUGUUAUAUCGGUCUUCUUUGGAAGGUUCUACCCGAAAAUGUAACAAAAUAUGUAAUACAAUAUUCCACUCAAAAAAGAUAUCAAGAUCUGUAACUUUUAUUAAAGCAAAUGACCCAUGAACCUUGAUUCCAACUGGCCUUGUUUCGUUAUUAUGGGCCCACCCUUUAUAUGAGACUCAACAAAAAUAUUUAGUCUUUAUAAUGGAGAUGUACAAACCCUUGCUUAAAACAUAUUUAGGUAUGUACCCUUGAGAUUACCUGCAAAGGUAAUUUUAUUAGCCCUACAUUAUUUUGAGACUAUAAACACUAGUUAUCACCUGCAGCAAAGUGUUUGAUUUUAUUUGUAGUAGAAAUAACUAAUUAUGUCAAACCAAAAAACAUCACAGCAAGUAGUAGAAACUAGCGUCAAUCCCCAUUAAGACAAAAAAAUUCAACAAUAUUUAUAUGAAUAACAAUAUCAAAAACCAAUAUCAUUAAAAAUCACAUAUUUAUUUUAAUACAUGUUUAAAAUAACAAAUAAUUAAUAACCUCUGCCUCAUGAAACACAUUCAUCAUGUUUCAUGAAUCCUUCUUAACAAUAUUUUCCUCUGUCAGAGAGCUCCGACUGCUACUAUUACUCAUACUGUCUUUACUCGUUUUUCUUACUGAUUCUCCAAUCUGAUUAUGAGAAGUACUCGUAGAUGGUAUGCUAGAUAUACUAGCACCAUAUACCAUAGCCUUACCUGUCCCUUUGGCAGCGCCUUUCACCAAUCCCUUAGGUGUUAUAACUUUGGUGUUCUGGUGAAUUGUGUAAACGUUGCCAACUGUAUUGAAAGUAUCUCCAGUCAAUGUGCUAGCUGGAUGUCCAUAUCUGGAAUUGUACGAUCAAUAAAAUCAAUAAAGAGUAGCACUUUAUUAACGUCUAAGCUGAGUAUUUCCGAAGAACGAAAGCAAAAAAACUGUUUUUUCAAAAAUCUGUAUAGAUUUAUUUCUGACAUUAUGAUGCAGAUGCAAAAAAACAAGGUUUUAAGGGAAAAAGUCUAGUUUUAUGUCUAAAAUGUCAAGUCC